AUGGCUGUGCUGCGUUGGGGUAUGCUCGGUACGAGCUUCAUCUCCGAUGUCGUCGCCAAGUCUAUUCUCAACAGCAGGAACUCAACCAUCGCGGCUGUCUUUGGUCGAAAUGAAGAGCGCCUAACAGCCUUUGCGGACAAGCACAACAUCGGGGAGCGAUAUACUUCGAUCGACGACCUUCUCGACAAAGCUUCAAUUGAUGUCGUGUACGUUGGCCUGCCAAACCACAUGCACACCCCCGCAGUGCUAGCAGCAGCAAAGCGUGGAAAGGCAAUACUCUCCGAAAAGUCCCUCGCGACCACAAUGGAGGAUUCAAAGGCUAUUGAGAAAGCUGUCAACGAUGCGAACGUCUUCUUCUUGGAGGGUUUGAUGUACCUGACACACCCCGUCAUAAAAAAGAUGCAACAGUUGCUGCUUGAGGGACAUAUUGGUACGGUUCGUGGUGUCUCGGGAUAUUACUCUGCGAACAUCUGGAAGAAAGCCAAUCCCUUUAGCAUGGGCACCAUCUACAACCUCGGUUGCUAUCCCGUCUCUCUUCUCCACUUUGUCAUUGAGACAGCUUUUGGAAAGGACGCUUUUGCAGCGCGUCAGUUGCAAGGCUUCGGCAACAUUUCCACCGAUGGCACCGUCCAUGUACGAGAUGCCUCCAUGACGGUGCGUUUCGACAAUGGUGUACUUGCGAGUUUGCAAUCAACAGACAGCUAUGGUAACGACUUUUCGUUUUCCAUUCUUGGAGACAAGGGAAGAAUAAGAUUUGUUACAAAUCCUUGGCUGCCUAUUGCAGGGGAUAACAUCAUUGAAGUCAAGAAAUAUGGUGGCGCGACGGAGCAGAUUGUUGUUCCGGCUGAGUUGGAUGCUUUUGGGCACCAAGUCAAGACGGUGGAGGAUUGUUUGAGUCGUGGCGUGAAAGAGGCGGAGCGUCCUUCACCGAACGUUCAAAAGAGUGUUGAGAUUAUGGGUUUGUUGACGGAGUGGGAGAGUCUCGUUCAAAGUCAGCAUAAGUGA